AUGGAUCAGAUAAACCUGAACAUAAGUCAGCGCAUGUGGCUGGACGUAGUCAAGGAUUAUGACUGCGAGAUCUUUUACCGUCCUGGUAAAGUGAACGUUGUGGUAGAUGCCCUGAGCCGCAAGUCGGCUGGAUCUUCAGUUCCGGCGUCGUGUAUGAGGAUAUCGGUGGAUUCUCCACUUGUGAGCUUGAUCAGGGAAGCUCAAACUAAGGGUGUACGACAGGAGAAUUGGAAAAUUGAGAGGAUCAGGGGCGAGAUCAUCAGAUUCGUGCAGGAUAGUCGUGGAUUGUUGACCCAUUGUGGUCGGGUGUGGGUUCCGAUGUCUAGUGGGGUUAGACAGAUCGUGCUAGAGGAGGCUCACGAGUCUCGUUUCUCUAUUCACCCGGGAGCCACCAAGAUGUAA